CAAAGCAAACCCAUCAUAUCAAAGAGCCAUAUACAAGUUGUUUAUAUAAUCCUACAGUCCUAUAACGUUACAAACCAUACACAUCUCAUCCCUAACAAUGGCCAAAUCUGAGCAAGAAACAAUGGCCAAAUCUGAGCAAGAAACAUCCAUCAAACUUGUUUCAGAAUGCUUUGUAAAACCAAAAUAUGAGAUUAAAUCCGCUAAGCAACCUUACCACUUAGGUCCCAUGGAUCUAGUUAUGUUAACUAUCGAUCCUAUACAAAAAGGUCUUGUCUUUACAAUAAAGAAUUCCCCACUCUUUUUGUCAUCCGAAUCCCAUGAUAAUAUUGAAAUUAUUCGAACCAAAGUUGUGUCACGUUUAUUAGAAAAGCUUAAACACUCACUUUCUAUAGCUCUAGUCCACUUCUACCCGUUAGCAGGUCGUUUCACUACACAAAAACAACCCGAGCAUAACACGAGCUUGGUCUUUAUUGAUUGCAACAAAGGUCCCGGAGCGCGGUUCAUCCACGCUACUUCCCUUGACUUUACUAUCUCCGAUAUACUUUCACCGGUUGAUGUUUCCAUCGUUCAUUCUUUCUUUGAUCUCGGUGAAAAGCAUGUAAACUACGAUUGUCAUACUAAGGCGUUGCUAUCGAUCCAGGUAACAGAACUUUUAGAUGGGGUGUUUAUUGGGUUUAGCAUGAGUCAUAGUGUGGUUGAUGGUACCUCUUUUAUUCAUUUUGUCAAUACCUUGUCUGAAAUUUUUAAAUCUGAUGAUUUUACCACUAUUUCACGUGCCCCAAUACUUAAUUAUAGGCCUUGUGAUAUUCCGAUCCUUAAAUUUCCGUUUCUUGAUGUGGAGGGGUUUAUAUGUCGUGCGUAUAACCCUGGGCCGUUAAGGGAAAGAAUCUUCCACUUUUCACUAAAUUCGAUGCUGAGACUCAAGGCCAUGGCUAACCAAGAAUGUGGUACCCAAAAUGUUUUAUCAUCUUUCCAAGCUUUGACUGCGGUUGUAUGGAGGUCCAUCACCCGAGUUCGGAACUUACCAAAGGAUGAGCAAACCACGUGUUUUAUGGCUAUGGGUUCUCGAACUAGGCUCAACCCGCCUCUUUCGGAUGACUAUUUUGGGAAUUUUAUGAUUAGUACCAAAUUUGCUUGCAAGGCAGAGGAAUUAUUGGGUAACAGUUUAGGUUGGGUAGCAAUGAAUUUACGUAAAAUCAUUAUGUCCACUGACGAGAAAUCGAUACUUGCUACGUACAAAGCAUUGGCUGAUUCCCCAAUAGUGAUUCCGCGUGAAACGAUCCCCGGUCCUCAUGGGAUGACCAGAGUAAUAAUUGGAGGAUCUUCAAGGUUCGAUAUGUAUGGGCCUGAAUUUGGAUUGGGUCGAGCUUUGGCCGCUCGCAUGGGUUAUGGGAAUAAGGAUGAUGGGAAAAUAACAGCAAAUCCUGGGUGUGAAGGAGGUGGAAGUGUUGAUUUGGAAAUUUGCCUUAGGCCUCAUAUUAUGGCCUCUCUUGAAGUUGAUCAAGAGUUUAUGGGUUUUGUGUCCUAGAUAGUACGUGUAGAUCAAUAUGAGUAUGUAACUACUUUGAUCGCAAUUGAUAUGGUGGAUUUGUAUGUAAGAAAAUUUAUACAAGACCGCCUUAUAUGUAAGACUAAAUUUUUACCAAAUAAAUUUACUUUUUAGUUACUCAA